UCUGCACCAACAGCGCUGGCAAUGGAGAUCUCUUCCUCCGAUUGCUAGCAAAUCCAAUCUCUCCUACCCCAUUUUCGCCCCUAAAACAAAGAGAAAUUACAUCCCCACCCACCACCUCCAAUGGCAGCCACUACCAGAUAUUGGGUGGUCUCGCUUCCCGUCCAAACCUCACAUUCCUCUCUCUGGAGUCGCGUGCAGGAAUCCAUCUCCAAACACUCCUUCGAUACUCCUCUCUACAGGUUCAACACGCCGGAUCUUCGCGUUGGGACCCUCGAUUCUCUUCUCUCCCUCAGUGACGAUCUCUUGAAGUCAAAUACUUUUGUGGAAGGAGUUUCGCAUAAGAUCAGGCGCCAGAUUGAGGAAUUAGAGAGGGUUUCGGGAGUUGGGACUGGGGGCCUGACGGUUGAUGGAGUUCCGGUCGAUUCCUACCUCACAAGAUUUGUCUGGGAUGAAGCAAAGUAUCCGACCAUGUCACCUCUUAGAGAGAUCGUUAAUAGCAUCACUGUCCAAGUAGCCAAGAUUGAGGAUGAUCUGAAGGUUCGUGUUGCUGAAUAUAACAAUGUUCGCAGUCAGCUUAAUGCUAUAAACAGAAAGCAAAGUGGAAGCUUGGCCGUGCGCGAUCUUUCUAAUUUAGUGAAGCCUGAGGAUAUUAUCACAUCAGACCACUUAGUGACUCUCCUUGCUGUUGUUCCAAAGUAUUCAGAGAAGGACUGGCUGUCUCGCUAUGAAACACUAACUUCUUAUGUGGUUCCCAGGUCUUCCAAGAAGUUGCAUGAGGACAACAAGUAUGCCCUUUACACUGUCACAUUAUUUGGUAAAGUUGCUGACAACUUCAAAGCAAGUGCACGUGAAAAAGGAUUUCAGGUUCGUGAUUUUGAAUAUAGUCCAGAAGCACAAGAGAGCCGGAAACGUGAUUUGGAAAUAUUGAUGCAAGAUCAGGAAUCCAUGAGAAGCUCUCUUCUGCAGUGGUGUUAUGCUAGUUAUGGGGAGGUUUUCAGCUCCUGGAUGCACUUUUGUGCUGUACGUGCCUUCACGGAGAGCAUUCUCAGAUAUGGGUUGCCUCCAUCGUUCUUGGCAGCAGUGUUAUCUCCAUCACCGAAAAGCGAGAAGAAAGUACGCUCUAUCUUGGAAGAGCUCUGUGGCAACAUGAAUAGCACCUACUGGAAAGCUGAAGAUGACGUGGGAAUGGCUGGUCUUGGAGGAGAUGCCGAUUCACAUCCAUAUGUCUCCUUCACGAUCAAUCUAAUUUAAUUGAAAUCGAGCUGCAAUCUCCAUAUGCUUGGUUCCUGAGAUGGAGGAAUUACUUUUAACCUCGCAAUAACGACAGGCAAGAUUAGAGGACUGUUGGUGCAUUGUAUAUUAGAGCAGCUUCACCCGAUUCUUUUGUUGUUUAUCCAUUUAUCUUGUGGUAUUCAAUUCUAGGGCUUGAUGUUAAUUAAGAGUGUAAACGUUCGGAAAAAGUCCACGCUAUUGGAAUUUGAUCUCUAAGAUUUUCA